AUGUUCAAGGCCUCGAUAAAAACAACGUUGAUUGAUUUGAGUGGAACACUUCACAUCGAAGAUUCUCCAAUUUUCGGAGCCGUCGAAGCAUUGGAAAAAUUGAGAAAAUAUACCAAUGUCAGAUUUGUCACAAAUACCACAAAAGAAUCGAUAAAUAAAUUACAUGGAAGAUUAUUGAAGUGUGGUUUCAAAAUUGAAAAAGAUGAGAUUUUUACAAGUUUGAGUUCGGCGAGAAAAUUGAUCGAAUCAGAAAAAUUGAGACCGUUUUUGAUUUUGGAUGAUGAUGCGAUGGAAGAUUUUGAAGGUGAGAAAUUAAAAAAAAAGUGGAAAAAUUGAGGUUGACAAAAUAAAACAGAAAAUUAUUUUCAAAACAAAAAGCCAAGAUUCUAGUUUUUUUUCAGAAAAAUUUAUUGAUUUUCUCUUAUCAUAUGAUCGUUUUAAAUUGUUACUUGAGCACAUUUGUAGCAAAAUUGAAAUAUUGGAAUUUUUUGAGGAGAGAACAUUUUUUUGAGGAGAGAAACGUGAAGUUGAAAAUUUUUAACGUUUUGAAAUGUUGAUAAUUUUCAGAAUUUCUAUUUUCCAGAAAAAAUAUUUUCAACUUAAUAAAUCACUUCAUGAAGUUUUAUAGGAAAAAAUAAUAAAAUUUUCAAACAUGAUCACAAUUUUUUCAAAUAAAAAUUAAUUUCAGGAAUUGAAACCUCAAAUCCAAAUGCGGUCGUAAUUGGUCUGGCUCCCAAAAAGUUCAACAACGAAACAAUGAACAAGGCAUUUCGAUUGAUAAAAGAUCAAAAUGCUCAACUCAUCGCAAUUCACAAAGGCAGAUAUUAUCAGAAGAAUGAUGGAUUACAUCUUGGACCUGGAGCAUAUGUGACUGGUUUAGAAUAUUCAACUGGAAUCCAAGCAAAAGUUGUUGGAAAACCAAAUCGAAUGUUUUUCGAAAUGGCCCUAUCUUCCCUAAAAUCUGAAAAUAAUUCAUUUGAAAAUACAGUAAUGAUUGGGGAUGAUGUAAAUGACGAUGUAAUUGGUGCCAUUGAAAAUGGUUUGAAUGCGAUUUUAGUGAAAACUGGAAAAUAUCGAGAGGGAGAUGAAAUAAAAAUACCAAUUGAUAAUCGAAAUGUUGUGAAAUCAUUUGUUGAAGCUGUCGAACUUAUUGUAAAUCACGUGAAACAAUAA